UCACAGUAAAGCAAGAUGGCUUCUUCGCGCACACAAACUGAAGAUGGAACGGAGAUGGAAUGGCGGAAACCAACACUGUUCAGUAUUAUCAACGAGAAAUUGGAAAAUGCAAACAAGAAAAACCUCCUUCACAGAAUGGUGUAUAUCUCUCGUCUCCGCACUCACGCACAGUCACAGGAUCCGAACUAUGUGGGCAAUGAAUACAAGAAAUUCUUCAAAGAUCUCCAAAGUGCUCUUCACAGUGAGGCCAUCACUGGCUUACUGUUGAUCUACCAUCAACAUAUUGUUCAUAUAAUAGAGACAUCAUCGGACAUGCUGUUAAAGAUUGUUAAAGACCUGCACCAGUCUGAGCAAGACAAGUUUUCAAUCAUAUCAAAAUCGAAGAUACUGGGAGUUACACAUGAUAUCCCAGAUCGCUUGUAUAGUCAGUGGAGCUAUCGCGCUCUGGAUAUUGAAGCCAUGAACCUGGAGCAAUAUGAGCCAUCAGAGGAGACGUAUAAGGUUGUUGCUGAUAUGCUGAUUCAGGUGUACAGACUCGGAGUGUACCUUCACAGGAAACCAUCACUGAAUCUAAAGAAUGUGCUGGACUAUCUACAUGACCAUGUGCCAGAAUUUCUUCCUCAACAAGCCAUAAUUUACUUCUUGUUGAAAGACAAUGACAACAGUAUGAUGCGCCCAAGUGAAUAUAUUCAUAUUCAUACAUCACCUUUUGACUUGAAUCUAGAAAGUGAAUUUGUGUGGCCUGUGGAUACUACUUUAUAGUAUGGAGAACAUCAGCAUUUUAGCUGUUCAUCAUUCCCAAAUAGCCGAGCAAAGCAAGGAUUCAUACAUGCACAAUUUAAGUCUUUGCUUUUUCAUAUUUUUAUUUAAUUGUUAUUUAUUACAAAUGUUAAAUAAAAGUGCAGUUUUGCUCAUUAUUUAUGUUGGAUCAUCAUAUCCCUUUGACUCAACACGUCUCUGUAGCUCGAAAAAGGGGAAACAACUCUUCCGGGCAAGGGAUACAGCCCGUGAAACGGCGUGUGAAGACUUUAAUCCGUAAAUGACGUACUACUUAUCGAAAAAAAGUACAAAGUUUAUGAAUAGGAUUUCAGGUCAUUUAAAAAUGUCGCACGGAGAGACAUACGUGGAACAGCUGUCACACUGUUUACACAUUUAUAAAUUUUGCAUUUAUAUUCAGAAUGUUUUGCUGUACUCGUAUUUCUUCCUGCAUACAGUGUCAGUAUGUGGAAAUGCCUGAACAUUUCUUAGCCACCUUAUACCUCACGUUAUACUAAUGAAAGUGCGAUGCUAUCGGGUUGCUAUCGACAUGCUUGGUGGAAAAGAUCACAACUAUUAUUAUUCAGUAUUAUUUAAUUAUAUCUGAUAAUUAAAACCAGAUUCAGCCCACGUGCCUACAGACUGGCACAUCAUGCAAAAGGUCUGCAUCGUAUUGUUGUGUUUUGACCAUUAUCAAUCAAAAUACGCCACGAACAACCUAAAUGAAUUCUUUAUUCAUUCCCGUCUACAAUCAUAUUUUUGACAAAUCGUAUAUAGUACGAUUACGCAUGUACGUCAAACAAGUAGGCCUAUGAUCAGUCACAAAUGGGUAACCCGGUAUAUAUAGACUGCUAUGCAAAUAUAGCUGUAAACGAUGACAAGGCCCUUAGAACUAAAAAACAAAAGUAUGUCCCAUAUACUCUUUCCACCUAAUUUGUUUUAAAACACUUAAUCAUAUAUUUCUUAAGUUAUUUCAUGCAGAAAUAUAGACUGUCAAC